AUGCGGUCUUUAUUCCUUCUAUCUUCCUAUUUUAUUCUUGAAUUAUUGGUGCCUGAAGCCAAUUGUCAAACUCGAAUGGUUCUAAUUUAUGGAGGGAUUACAAGUAGCAUGACAAGUACUACUACAACGUUUGAGACUGUAGAAGAUUGCAAAAAUGGGUGUUUCGAAAAGGAGGAUUGUAUUAUGAUGUAUUUUAUUUUUGAAAAGUGCCGUUUCUAUAGUUAUGCAACUAACGGUUCACCUUUUUCUAUAACAGAGCAAUCAAAAAGACAAGGGGCCUACGUGGCAAUUAAGACGGAUGCCUCCAACAUCCCGAAUAACACGUGCCCGGCCACUUUUACCAAUAUCAAGUUUUCCUACACCUCCCCAGCCACCGGUGACACCUACUCCUUCAAGAAAAACUCUACUGGCUGGAGCUACACGUCUUGUAAGACUGACUGAAAGCGGUUUGAGCGUGCCGAUGGGACAUUUGUGUGUAUAAAACCUGUUGUGUCGAAUGGAAUUGGGUAUGCAGGGGCUCUGGAGAUCUGCCGAGGGCAGGGAGGAUCAUUGUCAGGAGUGGCGACGGUGGAAGAAGCCAUUUGGGUGCAGACCAAGGUUCCUGGGCCUCAACCCAAGGGCUUUUGGAUUGGUGGAAAAAGGAAUUGUCGAAUUGUUCCAUGCACCAGUUUUGUUUGGGAUGACGGUUACACUACAAGCUACGAUGCUCUGACUCCCAGCAAUGCUGCUCUAACAGAGAAUACGAUAUCUGCCGUCGGAGCCGAGAACUGCCUCACCAUUUUUGGGAAAGGCAGCAAUUCGCUCACUAUUAACGAUAUUGGAUGUAGUGCUACUAAUAUUAUUCUUGGAUGUGUUUGUGGGUAUAAGAUUCCUUGA